UCAGCUGUCCGUUACACUAAGCAGACGAAUCGUACUGCGGCGUACCCUUAUCUAAUGAAUAUUAAUUACGUAGCUUUUACGUUGCUCGGCAACCUUCCCUGAGCGUCUACUGCUUACCUAAUUUAUAUUCAUGAGCUAAACCAUCUGAUCAGCGUCUGCAGUCCAACGCCGCUGUCAGCACUUUAUCCAGGUGGACAGAAACUCCUGAGCGAUGGUCGAGGUGUUUUCAGGCCGGACUCUGGUGAAUAAAGAAGGAGAUCUGGUGGAUCCGGAGGAAGCGCUCGGGAAUAAAGUGGUCGGUCUGUAUUUCUCGGCUGCAUGGUGUCCUCCGUGUCGAGACUUCACCCCGCUGCUGUGUGAUUUCUACACCGAGCUGGUGGAGGAGAGAGAGCCUCCUGCACAGUUUGAGAUCGUCUUCAUAUCCUCGGAUAAAUCCACAGAAGACAUGGUGGAGUACUAUCAUGACAUGCACGGUGACUGGCUGGCUCUGCCCUGGACGGAUCUCUACAAACAUGAACUGAAGAAGAGAUACAACAUCACAGCCGUACCGAAGCUGGUCAUCGUGAAAGAGAAUGGUCAGGUGAUCACAGACAAAGGCCGAAAGCAGAUCCGGGAGCAGGGUCUGGCGUGUUUCCGGAGCUGGCUGGAGGUGGCCGAUAUCUUCCAGAACUUUAAAGGCUGAGAAUCACGUGGCGCUUCCAAUGAAUUCCCAAGGGCUGCUGAAACCAACACUGAAAAGAGCCAGAACAUUCUUAUGCAAUUGUGUGCGAGAGCUUUAAACGUGUCUUUUCAGGUCAACAACCCACACAACUAGUCAAAAGUUACUUAAUGCAGUUUUACUAUUAUUUUUAAAUAAUGUGGUGGUGAGCAGAUGUGUCC